CCUUUGUCUUUUAUUCAAUCCUCCCUUUUCUUCCUUAUUAUUUACUUUUUUUUCUUCUUAUUGUGUAUAUUUGACUUUUUAUAUCUUUAUUUUAUCACUUAUUUAUAUACCGUUUUUAUUCAAACAAUGUCAAAGCCUGCUUCAUUUUUAAGAGAAUAUAAGAUUGUAAUUGUUGGUGGUGGUGGUGUUGGAAAAUCCGCUAUUACAAUUCAAUUUAUUCAAUCUCAUUUUGUUGAUGAAUAUGAUCCUACUAUUGAAGAUUCAUAUCGUAAACAAUGUAUCAUAGAUCAAGAAACAGCUUUAUUAGAUGUUUUGGAUACAGCUGGCCAAGAAGAAUAUAGUGCUAUGCGAGAACAAUAUAUGCGUAAUGGUGAAGGAUUUAUUCUAGUUUAUUCUAUUACUUCUCGUUUAUCUUUUGAAGAAAUUAGUACAUUUUAUCAACAAAUUCGACGUGUCAAGGAUAAGGACUUUUUCCCAAUGAUUUUGGUAGGCAAUAAAUGUGAUUUAGAAAGUGAUCGACAAGUCUCCUCUCAAGAGGGUUAUGAUUUAGCCAAGGAAUUUGGAUGUCCUUUUAUGGAAACCUCUGCCAAACAACGUAUUAAUGUGGAUGACAGUUUUUAUGAAGUAGUUCGUGAAAUUCGUCGAAUGAACAAAAGGGAACAAGAAAAUAGUCGAUCAAAAUCAGGACAACGUGAUCAAUAUGAAUUGGAAAAGGAUAGUGGUGGAUGCUGUGGAUGUGUCUUGAUGUAGUUUGAUUUAGUUUUUAUCUACCUUCUCUCUCUGAUUCUUAUUCAUUUUUUACUAUUUCUUAUGUUUAUUACCCUAUUGAUUAGUUAAUUAGUUCUCUUUAUGCUCUUCCUCUUUCUAUCAUAUCAUCAUCUGUAGUUGAACAUUUUUUGGUUGGUUCGAUCUACUUUUGAGUUUUUUUGUAUUAUUUCUUCUUUUUUUU